AUGCCUGCUCCAACUGCCCUGAAGGAGCCUCAGACGGCUGUAGAGGCCCCCCUCGCCAUGCCGACGGACAAUGAUUUCGACGAAGUACUGAUCGACCCUGCCGCCAACGCCUCCGCAUUGGAGUCUGUUCAAGAAGACAAAUCAGAGGAUGCCAUGCAUAUCGACGAAGAAGGCCGCCCAGUGUUCACCCCCGCCAACGACACACCUGGGGCCUACCGCAUCGAGUCGAGAAAAGUGCCUAUCCCACCAAACAGAAUGAGCCCAUUGAAAACCUUCUGGCCGAAGAUUUACCCUCCACUUGUUGAACACCUGAAGCUUCAAGUACGAAUGAACGUGAAGAACCGCGCAGUCGAGUUAAGAAACAGCAGAUUGACUACCGACCCCUCGGCACUUCAAAGAGGAGCCGACUUUGUGAAAGCCUUCACUCUGUGCUUCGACGUCGACGACGCUAUUGCUCUACUGCGCCUGGACGAUUUGUAUAUCAAUUCAUUCGAAAUCAAAGACGUCAAGACAUUGACCGGUGAUCACCUCAGCCGAGCAAUUGGCCGUAUCGCUGGCCAAAAUGGCAAGACCAAGUUUGCCAUUGAGAACGCGACCAGAACUCGAGUGGUGUUGGCUGGACAGAAAGUUCACAUCUUGGGUACUUUCAAAAACGCCAAGAUGGCACAAGAAGCCAUUGUCAGCUUAAUUCUGGGCAGUCCUCCGGGCAAGGUAUAUGGAAACUUGCGUACCAUUGCGUCUCGGAUGAAGGAGCGCUUUUGA